AUGACCAAAUGGAAGGACAGAGUAAGGAAGGCUUUGAGGGAUGCUGGAAAACCAUAUUUGACUCGAAGAGGAGAACAAAAACCAGGGAAAAAUCCACCCAAACUGCUGAGUGGAAGAACCGUAUAUGUGAUAUUGUCUGGCUGUAUGGUGACAGAGAAAGGCUGUCGUUAUGUGUCUUCAGCUCUGAGUUCAAUCCCCUCACACCUGAGAGAGCUGGAUCUGAGCUACAAUCACCCAGGAGAUUCAGGAGUCAAACUACUCUCUGAAAAACUGGAGGAUCCAAACUGCACAUUGGACAAACUCAAUGUGGAUCAUGGAGGAGAGUCCAUGCUUACACCUGGACUACAGAAAUAUGCCUGUUUUCUCACACUGGAUCCAAACACAGCAAACACUCAACUUGUUCUCUCUGAGGAGGACAGAAAGGUGAUGGGUGUGAAAGAGAAACAGUCGUAUCCUGAUCAUCCAGACAGAUUUGAUCAGGUGUCUCAGGUGUUGUGUAGAGAGAGUGUGUGUGGACGCUGUUACUGGGAGAUUGAGUGGAGUGGACAAGAUGGUGUGCGUAUAUCAGUGUCAUAUAAGAGCAUCAACAGGAAGGGACGGGGUGUUCAGUCUGAGUUUGGAUGUAAUGAUCAGUCCUGGAGUUUGUUCUGCUCUGCUGACAGAUACUUAUUCAGACACAAUGACAAAUAUACUGAUCUCCCUGUUGAGCACAUGAGCAGUAAAAUAGGAGUGUAUGUGGAUGUGAGUGCAGGAACUCUGUCCUUCUACAGCAUCUCUGACACAAUGAACCUUAUCCACACAGUCCAGACCACAUUCACUCAGCCGCUCUAUCCUGGAUUUACUGUUUAUCCUGGAUCUAAUGUUGGUUACGAAUCAUCAGUGAAACUGUGUUGA